AUGAUCCCCAACUCCAUGAAGAAGCGCAAGUCAUUGCAAAUCGAGAAGAAAGACCCCGUUGCCGAACAAGCACGAGGGACGAAGAACGGGUUCAGAGGCGGACCGACGCAGUACCCGGUCAACGUCAACUGCGGAGGCAUUGUCGCCGUCAUAACUACAAAGACCAGCACGGUCACUGCGAAGAAGACGACGACCAUCACUGCUCCUACACCGACUUCCACCAACAGCAUUACCAGCACUGCAACAGCAACCAUCACUGACUUCGUUCCUGACGCAGUCGUCACCAACACUGUCACAUUAUUUACGGAAGUGACCUCCACCUCCACGAUAUCAGUCUUCAUAACAGUUACCUCAAUUGCCACCAUCGUCGCCGAAGCCCCCACCGCGACGUUCUACGCCGCCUGCUCCCCAAACAACAUUGUGAACACAAUAAACGGACAGACCAUCAGCGCAGGCACUUACAACACAGAUAAUUUUGGCCUCAGCUUGGCCAACGCGGCCUCGCCGUACGACUGCUGCGUUGCCUUGCCGUCUAGUGACACUGAAAACGGGGACGUGCAGUCAAAAUAA